GCGGGUUCUCAAUUGGAACCCGCACGGCCCGGCGCAGCUUCAUGGAGGAGGAUGCGUGCGAGCAAGAAGAGGAAGGCGACGAGGCGACUCACAGGAGCUGACAGCUGAGCGCACAAACAGCGAGCAUGAUCGUCAGCCAAGAAGUCUUCGAAUGGCUAGAAAAGAUCGGGAUGAUCGCUGGAGGGAGGGAGACUGCUCAUGGGCAAGUAGAACUUCCGAGAGAGGCAGCGGAAGGGAUCAUGUCCGGUAGAUUGAUGGCUUCAAUCAUGCUGAAAGCUCUUGGCAACAAGCAGCCUCUGAUGAAAGACCAGAACUCCAUUCAAAAUCUGCGCAAUGUUUCUAUGCAGCAGCAGCCAAACGAUAACCAUCAGCUGGCUGCAUCUGAGAGACUGUAUGUUUGGAACAUUCUGUCAUCACUGCUGAAUCGCAUCAAGAUAAGCAUAUCUGGAGACGAGAAGAGUUUGAUCAUUGCAGGGGAUGAGGACAUUGCUGUUGGCCUGUUGUUAGAGAUCAUGAAGAAAUCUUCGGAAGGGAAGGGGAAAGGAGCUGUUUCGCCGAAUAAUUCAAGACCGCAGAAGCGAAAUCUGAAUAUCAUGCAACAGAUUGAUGAUGAUGCCAAGACAAAAAUACAGGAUGUCCAUCAACCUCAAAGGCCUAUGAAGCCAGAUGAUCGCUCCAACAGACCCCCGGUGUCUGGUGGGAAUAGUCACAAAUCCACUCCAGCACAAGGAUACAGGCCCGUGCCGCGUUUGAAUCUGCAUGACGCGAUCCAGAUCCUGGUUGAACCUGGUCAGAUUUUAAGGGAACUGGAAUCCAAAAUCUUGGUCACGUUGAAGUCCAACUCAGAUCUGCAAAAAGAGAUAAGAGAGAUGGGUGGUGGUGCAAUAUCAACAUUUCUAGAUGCCUUUCGAAAGCACAGAGACAUGAUUUCUCGUGGACUCAUCAUAACACUUCUACUCUCGUUGGCUCGCGCAAACAUCCGUGCUUUGUUUGCCGUAGAGCUUCCGGCCCGGCUGCUUGACGAUGCGGAGAACCUGAAUGUUCUUAGUGCGAUUCUGAAAUACAUUGCAAAUGAUCCUUCGAGCCAUGAAGUUUUCGUCAAAGGAGGGGGGUUGAUUGAGAUGCUCCAAUUCAUACAGAGAGAGAGCCCAGCAUCAAGGCCUCGAAGCAACAGAAUUGCAGCUAUCACCAUUCUCGCCACGUUUUGGGUCGGCUUUCUCAAUGACCUUGCUUCUAUUCAGGGAUUACAAGACAAACUCUGGAUCACGCUCCGCACUUUGCUACCUCAACCAGAUCCUGCAUCAAGCGAUCUGGAGAAGAAAAAUGAAAACAAUCUUAACAAUGGAUCGAUAGGACAGACUGCGACAAGUGCUGAAGACUUGCAAUCUGCAUUCUCAGCUAACCAAGCGCUGCUUCAGCUACUCUCCGGGUUCAUUGACGCUCGAUCCUCGAAUUCCAGCUUGGCAUACAAGUUGGUGGUUCAAGCUUUGCUGACUUGGUACUCAAACACGGAGAUGAGGAAACUGAUUCAGACGCACUUGGGAAACAUUCUGCAAUCAACUCCUCGAAUGCCAUUGAGUAUUUUGAUUGAGCCCUACAUGAAGAAAGUCCAGAGCCACGGAGUUUCUGACUUCGACCACUCUUUCUUGUCCAUUCUCUCUCGACAUCCUCGAACCUAUGAAUCGGUACAAGACUUCGUUAAGAGACUUGUCAAGCUCUGUCUCUCCGUUGCAUUGAUGGGGUCCAAAGUCUUGAAAGAAAUGAACAUCGAGAUACAUAGAAAGGAACAACCAAGAUUGGAGACGAGAUUGCAUACUGUCAUCAAAUCAAAGGAAGAACUUGAUCCAGCAAUAGCGUCACUGUUUCAGGAGCUGGGGGCCUUGAUAGGUCUGCUUGUUCAGAGAAGUGUACAGGCCCCGAUUGUGAAGAACAUGAAGGAGGGAGUCAAGAAUGAACCACCUAGAUACAUUCAUUCGGCUGAGUCAGAUGAUAGUGUGUUGCUAUCUGAUGUGGACAGUCCCCGUAAGGAAGCGUAUACGAUAUUAUCGUCUGAGAGAAGCUCUAGAAGUGAAAAACAUCCUGCCAUGGUUCCCCAACCCAAUCCCAACGUUGUUCUGCACCCACCAAAGGAUCGUAUCAGAGAACCGAAACUCAAUCGAGAAAAUUCACGCCCCGAGUUGCAGAUGCAGGAGGACUUGAAACAGCCGCAGCCUCCUCAAGCUCCCUCACAGAAAAUCUCAGCAGCUGAAAGAAGAGCUGCGAAUCUUGAGCGAGCGAAGAAGUUGGAGGAAGAAAGGAAGAAGGCUAUCAUAUCCAAGAGAGAGGAUCAAGAUGACAGGAAGGCCAAGAAACUCCCGAAUGUCCUUACCAAGGACGAGGUCCUCUCACAGGUAGCGAAGAAGGAGAAGAAGAGCCUGGUACCCGGCCGGCCAUCAUCGGUCCUAAGGGGAAGGGGAGGACGGGAUAGCAGAAGCAGCAUGUCGGACGGAAACAGCGAUGAUGACCGCAUGUCUCUUCCUCCUCCUGAAGGACCAUUACAGAGGCUCAUGCGGCCGACGAGCCCCAAGACGAAGAAGAGGGAAGCCGAGAUCGCAGAGAUCAAGCGAAAACGAGAGAUGCGGCUGCAGAUGCAGAAGGAGCAGGCGGAGAUGGCGCGUGCGAGAGAGAGGGAGCUGUUUUUGAAAGCUCGGAUGGAGGUUGAGCAAAGGAUGGCUGUGCUGAAGAAAGCCCGAGGCGAACUCUUACCCUCGGAAUCUUUUCUGGACGAAGAACGAGGCGAGGGCUCAUUCAUGGAUGAUUCUCCUACAAGGGAAUCGAAUACGGCGCCGAGAUUCAACUUGCGCGAGCACGCAAAGCAUUUCACUUCCAAUUCUCGUUUCGAUUUGGAGAGACAUGUCUUCAUGUGGAAAAAUGAACCGAGAAGGCGGGAAACGGUUCAAACCGUGUUAAGGAUUCUCGAGGAGAUCUUCGUCGAAGUCACCACCGAUCGAUCGGAAAGCUCAUUAGCCCUGCCUCGCAAGGGCGUUCGUUUGAGGAGAAAUGGGGAAGAAAUGGGCAGCAGGCAGAGUGAUGGGCAAGAAAAUUCUUCGCACAGAUUACACCGAGAAGACUCUAGCACGUCAAGAAACAGAGACUCGUCGAGCUUUGACAACUUUGACAAGUACUUGCUAUCAAAAUCCAGCAUGACGAACGACGAGCAGUUGAAGAAAAUGUACCGCCGGCAGGCAUACCUCAGGAGGAAACUUUCCAAGUACAGGGAAGAGAAGGCACUGCAGGAAGCCCAAAGGCUGCGAGAUGAGGCUGUGAUCAAGAAGGCGAUGGAGCAGGAGAAACGAAGGCAGCGAGAAAAUGAAGCUCAGAGGAGAGCCAAGCUCAAGGAGAAAAUCGCCGCCUACAAGCAGAAACUGGAGGAGGAAAGAAAGGAGUACUUGAGAAGCAAGAAGAGUGGAAACGACCUCAAAGGGAAUCCCAAGGGCGAUGAUCGGGGCGUGCAACACGCCAGGCAGGAGUCGGCCUCGAAGCAGAGGAGCGCGCGGAG